AUGACAGAAGAAUCAAAAGCAGAAACACCGUUGUUGGUGCCUUCGUCGCGGAUCCUUCCCGACUUCAAAAAAUCUGUGAAAUUGAAGUAUGUGAAGCUCGGCUAUCAUUACCUAAUCACUCAUGGAAUGUACCUCUUUCUUUCGCCACUCGUCGUGUUAAUUGCUGCUCAGUUAUCAACUUUCUCGCUCAAAGAUAUCUAUGAUAUUUGGGAAAAUCUGCAAUACAAUCUCGUGUCUGUCAUUAUUUGUUCCACACUGCUUGUAUUUUUAUCAACUCUAUAUGUUAUGACUCGGCCUAGGCCGGUUUACCUUGUGGACUUUUCGUGUUACAAGCCCGAGGAGUCGCGCAAAUGCACAAAAAGAAUAUUUAUGGAUCACUCCAGGGCCAGUGGUUUCUUCACAGAGGAAAACCUUGACUUCCAGCGGAAGAUUCUUGAGAGAUCUGGACUGGGAGAGAACACUUACCUUCCUGAAGCUGUUCUCAGCAUUCCUCCUAACCCUUCCAUGAAGGAAGCUAGGAAAGAAGCUGAGGCCGUCAUGUUUGGCGCCAUCGAUGAGCUCAUUUCGAAGACAUCUGUUAAGCCGAAGGAUAUUGGGAUUCUGAUUGUUAAUUGUAGUCUCUUUUGUCCAACUCCGUCGCUUUCUGCGAUGAUCAUAAAUCACUAUAAGCUUAGAGGUAAUAUAAAGAGUUACAAUCUUGGUGGGAUGGGAUGCAGUGCAGGGAUUAUUUCAAUUGAUCUUGCGGAAGAACUUCUCCAAGUUCAUCCUAACUCGUAUGCAUUGGUUGUUAGCAUGGAGAACAUCACGCUGAAUUGGUAUCCUGGGAAUGAUCGGUCCAAGCUUGUUUCGAAUUGUCUGUUCCGUAUGGGAGGGGCUGCAAUUUUACUUUCUAACAAGUGGUCUGAUAGGAGAAGAUCUAAAUACCGAUUGGUUCACACUGUUCGCACUAACAAGGGUGCUGAUGACAAGUGCUUCAGCUGCGUCACGCAAGAAGAAGAUGACAAUGGCAAAGUUGGUGUAACUUUAUCAAAAGAUCUUAUGGCAGUUGCAGGCGAUGCUUUGAAAACAAACAUCACCACCCUCGGACCUCUUGUCCUUCCAACAUCCGAACAGUUGCUGUUCUUUGGCACGUUAGUUGGAAAGAAACUCUUCAAGAUGAAGAUCAAGCCUUAUAUUCCAGAUUUCAAGCUAGCUUUCGAACAUUUCUGCAUUCAUGCGGGUGGAAGAGCUGUUUUGGAUGAGCUGGAGAAAAACCUGAAACUGUCUACAUGGCAUAUGGAGCCAUCAAGAAUGACACUCUAUCGUUUUGGAAACACGUCGAGCAGUUCCCUUUGGUACGAAUUGGCUUACACAGAAGCCAAGGGAAGGAUAAAGAAAGGAGAUAGAACAUGGCAAAUAGCAUUUGGUUCUGGAUUCAAGUGCAACAGUGCAGUAUGGAAGGCUCUCAGGACAAUCAAUCCUGCAAAAGAGAAGAACCCUUGGAUCGAUGAAAUCCACCAGUUUCCGGUUGAUGUUCCAAGAAUUUCUGCCAUCUAA